AAAUUUUUAACAAUGAUUUGUUGGUUCAUUAUAAUCUUCAUGGGUACGGAACUCGUUGAACAAACCGCUGCACGCUUUCUCUUUGGUGAUGAUUCUCCUCAUGAUGAUUGCGCAGAUCCCCCAACAAAAAUGUCCAAUUGUCCUGAAGGCGCCAAGCCUCUAUGGUAUUACAACCCGACCACUAAAACGUGCGCUCUUACAGCAUUUCCUGUUUGCGAUGACAGCAUCAAUGCAUUCCCUAGAGAAGAUGUGUGUCGAGAAGCUUGUAACCCUCCCUGGGAAUAUGCGGAUAAUGAAGAUUUGACAAUGGACCGAUGUAAUGUGGAGAAGCAUUCAGGUGAGCUGUGCAGUGAAGAAAGCAAGAAACCCGACGAGUUAUGGUAUUUCAACAAGGACACUGUAAGCUGCACUCCUUUCACCCACCUUGGAUGCGGAGAUAUAAAAAACUUUGAAACCAAAGAUGAAUGUGAAGAAGAUUGUUUACCUGGUAAGACUAUUCACGACCUCAUUUCUAUCACUGCCUUAGAUACUUAA